GUAGAACAUGUGUCCAUAGACCGUAAUUGAAGUCUCACCAUGUGGCCUCGAUAUUUUGUCCACGAAUAAGUGGGGGAGGGGCAGAUUGGAAAGAGGGGCAACAAAAGGGGUAGGGUAUCAGUGGUCUUCUUCAGGUACCGAUCAACACAGCUUCCUCGUGACAAACACUUUUCUCCUUCAUCACGUUUCAAGAACUCUUUCUUAAUCAGUAAUCACUGGACUUCUUGGAUUAAUAUUUCUUAACAACCUCCAAGCGCCCAUUGUACCUUCUUGUACCACAACAAAACAGGACAGCUUUCAGGAGAACUUCAAGCUAUCACAGCCCAAUACCUCACCACAUCCAUCCCAAACCAAACCAAAACACACAAUGGCCCCAACCGACCCUGUUAACCCCCCCGGCGAGCCCGCUCCCUCCCUUUUGGAAGGCCGCCUCUGGGUCGACGGCUGCUUCGACUUCUUCCACCACGGCCACGCCGGCGCCGUCGUGCAAGCGCGCCAGCUCGGCACCGAGCUGUACGUCGGCGUACACUCGGACGAAGCCAUCCUGGAAAACAAGGGCCCCACCGUCAUGACGCUGCGCGAGCGUCUCCUCGCCACCGACGCCUGCCGGUGGGUGACCAAGUCGGUCGCCUACGCGCCCUACGUCACGCAGCUGGACUGGAUCAGCCACUUUGGGUGCAAGUACGUGGUGCACGGGGACGAUAUUACUUCUGACAGCAGCGGGGAGGAUUGUUACCGGUUUGUCAAGGCCGCGAACCGGUUCAAGGUUGUUAAGCGGACGCCGAGUAUUAGUACCACGGAUUUGGUGGGGCGGAUGUUGUUGUGUACUCGGACGCAUUUCAUCAAGGAUUUGGAGAGGGUGUUGCAGGGCGAGGAGGGACAUGGGACGGUGGAGGAGAAGAAGAAGGUCGGGGAGGAGAUGAAGGAGAGGAUUAGGCUUUAUGCGACGGACGAGACGGCGAAGAACCCCGGGGCGGACGUGUGGUUUUGGAAUGGGGAGGAGAAGAAGGAAGGGAGGGAGGAGAGGGGCGUGUUUAGGGAGUUGUUUAAGGGGAUUGGACCGAAGCCGGGGCAGAGGGUGGUUUAUGUUGAUGGAGGGUUCGAUUUGUUCUCGAGCGGACAUAUCGAGUUUUUGAGGCUGGUGACGCAGAAGGAGGAGAAGCUGGCGCGUCAGGAGGGGUGGUACUCGCAGCAGGCGAUUGACGAGAGGAAGGGCAAGGGAGCGGAUUACGGUCCGGCGUUUGUCGUGGCGGGUGUUCAUGAUGACGAGGUCAUCAACCGCGAGAAGGGUGUGAACUACCCCAUCAUGAACGUCUUUGAGCGUGGUCUCUGCGUUUUGCAGUGCAAGUACAUCAACGCUGUCGUUUUCGGUGCUCCCUUCAAGCCCACCAAGGGCUACCUCACAUCUCUGCCUUGGGGCACUCCUGAUGCGGUCUACCACGGACCGACCUCUUUCAUGCCGCACACCGAAGAUGUGUAUGCGGUUCCCAAGGAGAUGGGCAUCUACAAGGAGAUCGGCCAUCACGACUACGAGGAGGUGAAUGCCGGCACCAUCGUGCAGAGAAUCAUGAAGAGUAGAGAUCUCUACGAGGCACGCCAGAAGGCCAAGGGCAUGAAGGCCGACAUCGAGGCCGCCCACAGGGAGCGCGAGUUGCUGGAGGAGCAACAGAGGAAGAAGGAGGAGGCCAUCGCCGCGCAAAAGGAGUAGAGUUCCCGUACGGGGAAACACACCAACACCAUCAUAGGCAUCCGGAGCAAGGGGUAAUCUCAACAACUGACUUGGAUAGACGGAGUCACGGAGAUGUAAUACGGUAGACGGCUUUCAA